AUGAAUAUGGAAACAGAGUCUGACAAGUUCACUAAAACAGAGACUACCUCAACAGCAGUAGAAGCACGUUCAGAUCAUUCAGGUUCGUUAAUAAAUAGGAUAAAAGAUUCAUUCAGGCCAAAUGAACUUUGCACGGUACCGGAAGAUGCGGAAAUCAGUGAGCUCACUGAUCAAGAAAAGAUUCAAUUGAAUCUGGCAUCUCAACCCUACCAAAAAGUGCUAAGCCAGAGGCACUUAACUAUGAUUGCGAUAGGAGGAACUUUAGGGACAGGCCUAUUUAUAGGUUUAGGCUACUCGUUGGCUUCUGGACCAGCAUCUCUGUUGAUAGGUUUUCUUCUCGUCGGUACGUCAAUGUUUUGCGUAGUUCAGAGCGCAGCAGAGUUGUCGUGUCAAUUUCCUGUUUCUGGCUCGUAUGCAACUCAUGUUAGCAGAUUUAUAGACCAGUCAAUAGGUUUUACUGUCGCUACAAACUAUGCCCUCUCUUGGUUAAUAUCAUUCCCAAGUGAAUUAAUUGGUUGCUCACUCACAAUAAGCUAUUGGAACAGUAGUGUUAACCCUGCUGUUUGGGUGGCCAUUUUUUAUGUUUUUAUCAUGGGCUUAAAUCUCUUCGGUGUCAAAGGGUUUGCGGAGACUGAAUUUGUUUUGUCAAUUUUCAAAAUCUUAGCAAUUAUAAUUUUCAUCGUUAUUGGUAUAGUCUUGAUUGCAGGAGGUGGACCAGGCACCACUGGGUAUAUUGGUACCCGUUAUUGGCAUAACCCUGGUUCUUUUGCUGAACCAGUUUUCAAGAACUUAUGUAAUACCUUCGUUUCAGCAGCAUUCUCAUUCGGGGGAAGUGAAUUAGUGCUUUUAACAAGUACUGAGUCAAAAAACAUUUCAGCCAUAUCUCGGGCUGCGAAAGGAACAUUUUGGAGGAUCGCCAUUUUUUACAUUACCACAGUUGUAAUUAUUGGGUGUUUAGUCCCUUAUACUGAUCCAAGACUGCUUAGUGGUUCAACUAGCGAAGAUAUCACAGCCUCUCCUUUUGUCAUUGCGCUAAGUAAUACAGGUUCUAUGGGAGGGAAAGUAUCGAAUUUCAUGAAUGUUGUCAUUUUAGUCGCAGUUGUUUCAGUAUGCAACUCCUGUGUUUAUGCAUCUUCAAGGCUAAUUCAAGCCUUAGGUGCAUCCGGCCAACUUCCUAGCAUUUUUGCAUAUAUGGACAAAAAAGGCAGGCCUCUGGUCGGUAUUGGCGUCAGUGGUAUAUUUGGCCUUUUAGGUUUCUUAGUAGCUUCAAAUAAGCAAGAUGAAGUUUUUACUUGGUUAUUUGCUCUGUGUUCUAUCUCGUCUUUUUUCACCUGGUUUUGCAUUUGUUUGUCACAAGUUAGGUUCAGAAUGGCACUAAGAGCGCAAAGAAGAUCUAAAGACGAAAUAGCAUAUAAGUCAAUGCUUGGUAUUUAUGGGGGGCUUUUGGGAUGUAUUUUAAAUGUACUGUUGAUCGCUGGUGAAAUUUACGUGUCAGCUGCUCCAAUAGGGGAAUCGAGUUCAGCCGAAGGUUUUUUUCAAUAUUGUUUGAGUAUUCCAAUUAUGAUAGUCGUUUACUUUUGUCACAGAUUUUACCGUAGGGAUUGGAAAAACUGGUACAUAAAAACCAGAAAUAUUGAUCUCGACACAGCUUGCUCAGUCGAAAAUAAGGAACUUUUCAAUGCCCAGAGAGAUGCAGAGAAAGAUCUCAUCUCUUCGAAGCCUUUCUAUUAUCGUUUCUACAGAUUUUGGUGCUAG